AUGUUUGCGUUGCGCUUUGGACCAACUUCAAUGCAGAGGAAAGACCUGAGCGAAAAAGGAGUAGUUAGGCUUUAUUUGUCAUUUGGGUGCCUCUUUUGGGGCAUAGGGGCAAUGGGGUAUUUCAUGGUGUUCCCUCCGCAAAUGAGCCUCAAACUACCGUUCAGAUUGUUAGUCGCUCCCUUUCAGGCAGGCCCCAGGCGAAAGGAGGAUGAGCCCGCAGCCACCUUCGCCGAUUCCAGGCCAGUGCUGGAAAGCGACACCUCGCAGCGCUCUUGCGCCCCAUCAGAAAUGUUCCCCGUGCUGCAUCAAUCGAACAACUGA